GCCAUUUCUGUUCGAUGGGAUUCGCUACGCUUUGGCGUUGCCGUUGUUCUGGUUAAUUUUAAGCUAGGCUAUAUAAUAUAUUAUCUGACCUUUUAUAUUAGAUACAGCAAGUAUAUUUGUGUCUAUUAUGCUGUCACAAUAAAGGAGAUGACUGAUUACUUUUGAAUGGUAAAUGUAUACAUUGUGACAUCAUCAGAUGAUAAAGAAAUACUUUAGUUUAAGUUUGACAUCAUAGAGAAGCUAGAGAAAGUGCUAUGGCAACGAAACAGAAUAAGUUAAUUAUAUUUAAAUAUAAUAUGAUGUGUGGAAAUAUCUAUGUGGUCAUCAUAUUUCUAGGAGUAUGCAAAGCUGCCACUAUUGUUAAAAUAGAAGUUGCUAAUGGUGAAAGUGCUCUUACUAGUGCUGAACAUCACUUUGAACACACACCACUUCAAGCUUGGCCUUACAACAAAACAAUUGAGGAAGCAGCAAAUAUCCAUUUUUUGGGACCUCCACCAGUUGUUUUGUCAUACAAAGAGAAUGAGGAAGCUAAAGCAAGAAUACAGAAGAAAGUGUCCAAAGCAAAUGUAUAUAGUAUGUUCCACCCUGCUAUGGCUCGGUUCAGUAAAAGGUUUAGGCGUGAAGUAGACCUUGAUGGAGAUCUCCCUGAAUGGAUUAGAAAUGACGAAGAUUGUAAGCAAACGCUGGAACAAACCAGGCAGGAAAAUGAUGGCAAACCUCUGCAUCUUGCCUCUAUCGUCAAAUUAGGAGAAACACUCCGACUGACCUGUCACUAUUGUGGAAAGCAUGAUGAUGAGGAGAACUUGAGCAAGUUGUGGUAUAAGAGAGAACAUGGUGAUGAAAAUUUUGAAGAGCUUGAUCUCGACAUGCACGAUGAUGAUGAAUUUAACCGGAUAUACACCCUACCUGACCAUACUUUAGUUGUAAAACACUUCCAAGGAGGUGAUGAAGGAACUUAUAACUGUAAGUCUGUCAAUGGUCAAACAAACUUUCUCUACAGAAUAGAUGGUCUUGUUGAACCUGCCAUCAAAAGGUUUGUUGCUAAGGAUAUACCAAAUUUUUUACAACCAAGCGAUCCUAUCUCAGAUGAAAAAGAUGGCAACUGGAGGCAAUUCACUAAAUGGGGUACCUGGGGUCCCUGUGAUGGCAAUGAAUGUGGAAAGCAAGGGGAAAGGCAGAGAAAGGGUAUAUGCUUGGUGGAACCAUUUGAAAAGUGGAGAAAAGUAAAUCCUGACUAUCUAAACACCCUUCUCAAGGAAAGCUACACGAAAGGAGCUUUUUGUCAUACCACUAUAUUCGAAAAACAUUCUUCAAUUCUUGAGAGGCCAUAUGAGAUUGAGGUAGAGCACUGUAUUGUAGAAUGCAAAGAAACUAAUCAAGGAAGUAAGUUGAAUAUCAAUAGUGAAGAAAGCUUCAAAAAUGUGGCAGUUCAGUCACAUCUAAAGAACAAGCCGAAGCCAGUUCAAACGACCACCAUUGAGGAGCAUGUUGGAAAAUCGGUCAAAUUGUUCUGUCCCGGGGCAUCUAUGGACAGUUUUGUGCAAUGGACAAAUGGGUCUUUCCAUAUCAAAGAGGGGGAGCUUAGGCAGAAAGAAUUAGGACGUGUUGAGAUGGACCCAAUCAACGGCCUUUUUAUCCACAGUUUGAAACCUCAAGAUACUGCUAUGUAUAGCUGCUACGUUAAUGCCAAACUAACCAUGAUGUUCCGUGUCAAAGUGAUCCUAACACCCCCUGAUGGAGAAAAAGCCGCUGCCCGCUUGUAUGUUGGGCUCACUUGUGCAUUCAACUUCCUCAUCUUUCUAGGGGUGACCAUCAUACGCUAUAAACAACGCAUGGUGCAAAUAGAGCAACCAGUUAGACAUUUAUCUAAACAUGAUCACUUACAAUCAUGGAACAACAGUAUUAGAGGUAACAGUUACAAAAGUAACUAUAGUAGCAGCCAGAAACCAUCAAAGCUGCAACUGACUGAAAGUUUGCUUGGAGGGAAAGAGGAGGAAAGUUUAGAUAAUGAAAAACCUCAACUUACAUGUAAUAGCAACAGUGGUGACAAUAAAAGUUACAACAGUUACCAUGAUGAUAAUGGACAUUAA